UCAGGUUGCUAGGCGACGAAGCGGGAGUACCUGAGCGAACUGUGGAAGCYACGGCUCCCAGACCCCCGAGAUCUAGAGCGAACACCGCGCCCUCCCCGGUCCUCCCUCACUUUGCUGGGAGUCCUCUACCUUGGGUGGCGUCCGGUGAGGAGGAGAGAGUUUGUGGGGACGCCCCCUCCCAGGCGACUUGGGACUGCACGUUUUCAGCACUCCGGAGUCAGGACAAAGAUUCCUUCUGCCAUCAGAUGUCUUUCUGCUUGACUGAACUGCACCUGUGGUCUUUGAAGAAUACCUUACACAUUGGGGAUAGAGAUAUUGGAGUCUACCAGUAUUAUGACAAGAAAGAUCUGCCAGCGACAGAGCAUGGUAACUUAGAAGAAAAGCAGAAAUUGGCAGAGUCACGAGAUUAUCCUUGGACGCUCAAAAAUAGACGCCCAGAAAAACUUCGAGAUUCGCUCAAAGAGUUAGAGGAACUGAUGCAAAACAGUCAGUGUGUGCUGAGCAAAUGGAAGAAUAAAUCUGUCUGUCAGCUCCUCUUUGGUUCAGGUGUGCUGGUGUCCCUAAGUCUUUCUGGGCCGCAGCUGGAGAAAGUGGUGAUUGACAGAAGCCUGGUGGGGAAGCUCAUCUCAGACACCAUCAGUGAUGCUCUUCUCACAGACAGCUUCAUCAUCUUAUCAUUUUUGGUGCAGAACAAACUAUGUUUUAUUCAGUUUUCCAAGAAGAUGGAUUCUCCUGAUAUAAACAAAAGAUUGGAAAAACUCUCAGCCUUAGAUUACAAGAUUUCCUAUUAUGAAUUACCUGGUCCAGUAAACAGGACAGCAGAGCGUCGUCUAGCUAUCAAUUGUAUUCAGGAUAUGGUUGUUUGCUGGUGGCCACUGGUCAGUGAUGAUGCUUGGCCUUGGGCCCCAAUUUCUUCAGAGAAGGACAGAGCCAAUCUUCUGCUCCUGGGUUAUACUCAAGGAAAACUGGAGGUUCUGAGUUCUGUUCGUACAGAAUGGGAUCCACUGGAUGUUCGCUUUGGCACCAAACAGCCUUAUCAGGUGUUUACAGUGGAGCAAUCCGUCAGUGUAGACAAAGAGCCCAUGGCUGACAGCUGCAUCUAUGAAUGUGUUCGGAACAAAAUCCAUUGUAUGUCAGUCACCAGAAUACCAUUAAGAUCGAAGGCCAUCAGCUGCUGCAGGAGUGUUACUGAAGACAAAUUGAUUCUGGGCUGUGAAGAUUCUUCAGUAGUUCUUUAUGAAACUCACCGUAGAGUGACUCUCUUGGCCCAGGCUGAACUUUUGCCUUCAUUAAUAAGCUGCCACCCAAGUGGUGCCAUUCUGCUAGUUGGCAGCAACCAAGGGGAGCUGCAAAUUUUUGAUAUGGCUCUAUCCCCUAUUAACAUCCAGCUCUUGGCUGAAGACUGCUUACCAAGGGAGACUCUGCAAUUCAAUAAGUUCUUUGAUGUUUCCAGCAGUCUUGUUCAAAUGCAGUGGAUAGCUCCUCUGGUUGUUUCUCAGAAGCCUGAAAAUAGACACAUCUAUGAUCUUCUCUUCCUCAGGUUUGACAGAGGACCUUUGGGUGUGCUUUUGUUUAAACUUGGCAUCCUCACUCAGGGACAACUGGGCCUAGUAGAUAUUGUCUUCCAGUACAUUCAUUGUGAUGAGAUCUAUGAAGCAAUAAACAUCCUGAGCAGUAUGAACUGGGACACCCUGGGCCAGCAGUGCUUUAUCAGCAUGAGUGCCAUCGUGAACCAUCUCCUUAGACAAAGACUUACUCCAGAGAGAGAAGCACAGCUUGAGGCAAGCCUUGGAACCUUCUAUGCUCCAACACGACCACUUCUGGAUACAACUAUUUUGGAAUAUAGAGACCAGAUCAGCAGAUAUGCAAGGAGAUUCUUCCACCACUUGCUAAGGUACCAGAGAUUUGAAAAGGCAUUUCUCCUAGCUGUUGACAUUGGUGCUCGCGACCUGUUUAUGGAUAUCCAUUACCUUGCCCUAGAUAAGGGUGAAUUGGCACUAGCUGAAGUGGCAAGAAAAAAAGCUAAUGAUAUUGAUGCAGAAUCAAUAACCUCUGGAGUUGAACUCCUGGGGCCCUUGGACAGAGGGGAUAUGCUAAAUGAAGCUUUUGUUGGCCUAUCUUUAGCAUCUCAAGGGGAAGACUCAUUUCAAGAUAAUCUUCCUUCCUUUGGUUCAAUCCACAGGCAUAGUAUUCAACAAAAAAUACUGAAAGGCUCUUCUAACAGACAAGUAAUUGACAGAAGGAAUGGACCUGAAAAAGACAUCUGUGCUGGAUCUUUGAUGACUUAUACCUGUAAUGCAGAAGGAGAACUGAAAGAAGAUUACAGAGGACAGGACAUUGGAGAUGGUGGUUCUCUCAGAAUGGUUCACUUUGGUUUGGUGUAAAAAAUGAACUUUUUUUUUUUAACUUCAAAAAGAAAUCAGCCUUUUUCAUGACCUGAUUCAACUUUUAAAAAGGAAAGAUGGUAUAUGUAACAUAGCGUAAUAGUAGCAAAGUGAUCCUAAAUAAAAGUCCUUAACAUACUUUUUAGUAAUAUACAAAUUUUGAAAAUGUUUUAAGCUGUACAUUAUUAGGUACUUCAAAAACAAUAUUUAAACCUUGUUCUCUAGUAUUUUAAAAAUUUUGUCAGCUGGUCUUACUUAUAUCACUAAUUUACAUUAUAUGUAAAAUAUUUAUUAAGCAAAAAUGUUAGCUCAAACCCAUUAGUAGUAGACAUUUCCCCUGUAUCUUUUGAAUCUUACUGCUAUGAGGCACUGACUGCCCCAUGAAACUCAGAGAGAUUAUAUUUCUCUGGAGCAAAGAGUAGGCAUGUUUACUAUCUAUUAUAAAAGAUUUGAGCUCCUUAAGUUCUGAGUUCUUUCUUUUUAAAUAGCCCAGAGUGUGCUGGUGGCAUCUGGCCCUUUUCACAUUGCUGUAUGGUAAUAGAACUCAGGAAAUCAAUGCAAAAAUAAAUACAUUUAAAAUGCUGGGCUGGGGCUGUAGCUCAGUGAU